AUGAGUUUAUACUUUGCUUCCCGGACUUUGAGGUCCAAGCCCACGCUCAUCAAUGGCUGUGCACGCGGCCUACGUCAAUAUUCCAGUGCCGUAGGGACCGGACUUCCACUCGAGGGCAUUCGCGUUCUGGACAUGACCAGAGUCUUAGCAGGGCCGUAUUGUACUCAGAUUUUGGGCGAUCUUGGCGCUGAGGUGAUCAAAAUCGAGCAUCCUACUCGAGGCGAUGACACCAGAGCAUGGGGACCUCCGUACGCCAAAUACAAAGAAGGAUCAUCAGCAAAAGGGCCUGGAGAGUCGGCAUAUUUCCUAGGGGCAAACCGAAACAAAAAGUCACUUGGCCUAUCCUUCCAGCACGAAGAAGGUGUCCAGGUUCUUCACAAACUUGCGGCAAAAUGCGACGUCUUGGUUGAGAAUUACCUCCCAGGAACACUGAAGAAGUAUUCCAUGGACUAUGAAACCCUCCGUAAAAUCAACCCGGGUCUAAUAUACGCCUCCAUCACUGGAUAUGGUCAGACAGGACCGUACGCAAGCCGGGCAGGAUACGACGUUAUGGUGGAAGCCGAAUUUGGUCUUAUGCACAUCACCGGAGAAAGAGACGGUCCUCCAGUAAAGGUUGGUGUUGCGGUGACAGACUUGACAACUGGUCUUUACACCAGCAAUAGCGUUAUGGCUGCUCUCCUUGGUAGGGCUAAGUCAGGAAAGGGCCAACAUAUCGAUGUUGCAUUGAGUGAUUGUCAGACAGCAACAUUGGCAAAUAUCGCCAGCAGCUGCUUGAUCAGUGGAAAGAAGGAUUCGGGGCGCUGGGGCACAGCUCAUCCUUCCAUCGUGCCUUACAAGUCAUUCGAGACCAAAGACGGAGGUAUUCUCUUUGGUGGAGGCAACGAUCGUCUUUUUGGUGUUCUCUGCGAUGGUCUGGGUCAACCUCAGUGGAAGGACGACGUGCGCUACAAGACCAACGCCGACAGAGUCAAAAACCGCAACGAUCUAGAGACUAAGAUCGAGGCUAUGACGGAACUCAAGACAACACAGGAAUGGCUUGAGAUUUUCGAGGGCAAGGGCUUGCCGUAUGCUGCCAUCAACGACGUCCAAGGAACGCUCAACCACGAACAUACAAAAGCCCGCAACAUGGUGAUCGAGAUGGAACACGAUGAGUGCGGUCCUUUGAAAAUGGUCAACACACCUGUCAAGUUCUCAGAAACGCCUCCUACAAUUCGCAGCGCACCACCCAUGCUGGGACAACACACAAAUGAGGUGUUGCAAGAGCAUCUUGGGUUGAGUGAAGCUGAAGUUGAUGUACUGAGAGAAAAGGGUGUUAUCGGAUAG